CCAAGAUCUCUCCAGAGCCAUCUUUUUUUCUUUCGUGAAACUGUUUUGAACUAUUUUCGUAUAGUGCUUUUUGAUUUAAUCUAUCUAUGGCUGCAACAACGACAGGGACACAUGGUCAUGGUGGGGAGCAGAUACCACCGGGAAAGCCCAUGUCAACGGGGCAACACAUGCUGGAUAAAGGUGCUGAAAUGCUGCAGUCUUUGACUCCCAUUAAACAGAUGAACCAGCAUGUUUGUACUUUUGCACUCUACAAUCAUGACAUGAAUCGCCAAAUUGAAACUCACCAUUAUGUUACACGUGUGAAUCAAGAGUUUCUCCAAUGUGCUGUUUACGACUCUGAUAAUUCCAACGGCCGCCUAAUCGGGGUGGAGUAUAUAGUAUCUGAUCGUAUCUUUGAAACCUUACCUAAAGAAGAGCAGAAACUUUGGCACUCUCAUGCUUACGAGAUAAAAUCAGGACUGUGGGUGAAUCCUAGAGUUCCAGAGAUGGUGGUGAAAAAAGAUCUUGAGAACCUUGCCAAGACCUAUGGCAAAUUCUGGUGCACAUGGCAAACAGAUAAAGGUGAUAAGCUACCAGUUGGACCACCAUCACUGAUGAUGUCCCCACAGGCUGUGAAUUUGGGGAUGGUAAAGCCAGAGCUAAUCCAGAAAAGAGAUGACAGGUACAAUAUGUCGACCGAUGCUAUAAAGAGGACGAGGCUGGAGAUAGGGGAGCCGGAGUGGCUUAAUCCAGAGGCAGAUUAUUGGAAACAGCAUGGCAAGUGCUUCGCCAUCGAUGUAGAGGAUGUCGAGAUGAAGAAGAUAGCUCCUUUCCCAUGAGAGUUUAGCAGCAGACCAGUGAUCACAGUGACAUUGUACAUAGUCUUAUGUUUCUUUUUUAGCUGCGCCGAAAUAACUACGUAUGAGAUGUUUGUAUCUGAAGUGUGUGACGAUGAGCCAUUUGGUUGUUGGUCAGACUAAUUCAGAGAUUGGUUGUUGUGAA